AUGUAAAAAAGUUGAUGAAAGUAGAUUUUUGUCGGGACAUCUCAUACAGUUUGGGAUGAAAUAACCAGUUAAAUACCACUUAUUUUGCGUCUCCUGGUAGAAAGACGACCAGUGAAUCAACAUGGCUGACUUUCUGGCCGACAACAACCUCUGUGGACAGACACUCCUCAAGUUAGUCUCUCGGGGCAAUGCAAUCAUCGCAGAGUUACUUCGUCUGGCCGACUUCAUCCCUCCCGUCUUCAAGCUGGAUAAUAAAUUUGAUCAGAUGAAAUAUGGCGACAUCCUGUUCGAUUUUAACUACUUCAAAGGAUCGGAAUACUACGACAAUAAGAUUGACUCCAGACCUGAGCUCCAAGACCUUGAUGAAAUGUUCCGGGAGAAUCAUAUCGACAUACUGCGGAGAUUCUAUCUGGCCUUCGAGGGAAUCCAUAAAUAUGUUACAGAUCUCAAUCGAUUCCUUGAGGACCUGGAGGAAGGAGUUUACAUCCAACAAACGCUAGAGACUGUGCUACUCAACGAAGAUGGCAAACAACUCCUGUGUGAAUCCUUGUACCUGUAUGGUGUGAUGCUUCUUGUUGUGGAUAUGAGAAUCGAUGGUCCAGUCAGAGAACGGAUGCUGGUCUCCUAUCACAGAUACAGUGCUGCCAAGGCUGCUGUGGACUCCAACAUGGACGAUGUCUGUAAACUCCUACGAUCUACCGGAUUCUACGUGGCACCGGGAGCUAGGAGACCCCUUAACUACCCAGAAAACUACUUCAAACGCAUUCCAAUUUCUUCAAAUUUCAUCGAAAUGGUGAUAGCCAGGCUACGCUCGGAUGACAUAUACAACCAGAUCUCAGCCUAUCCACUACCGGAGCAUCGCAGCACUGCCCUAGCCACGCAAGCGGCCAUGCUGUACGUCAUUCUGUACUUCUCCCCGGAAACGCUGCACAACCAACAGGCCAAGAUGCGGGAGAUUGUGGACAAACAUUUCCCUGAUAACUGGAUGAUCAGUGUGUAUAUGGGCAUAAUUGUCAACCUAGCAGACAUGUGGGAGCCCUACAAAGCUGCCAAAACAGCCAUGAAUAACACAAUGGACCUGAACAACGUCAAAACAUUGACUGUCAAUCACAACCAGAAAGUGGGCCAACUGAUCAAACUGCUACGUCAGUAUCUAACGGAAGGAACGCUGACGGAGGAGUUCGUUCUGGAUAACAUCCCAAAACUGAUGAACUGUCUGAGAGAAAGUAACGUCAAUCUACGGUGGCUCAUGCUUCACACUGCUGACGGACCCUGGGAUGCCAAUAAGAAGUUACGGAUGAUGAGGGAUACCAUGAUCACGGAAUCCAAGUACAAUCCAAAGAUGCUCUUUGAGCUACUGCUGGAUGCGGCACAGUUUGAGUUUAAACUCAAGGAGAUGUUCAAGAAGAUGUUAUCUGAGAAGCAGAAGAAGUGGGAAUUGUACAAGCAAGAGAGCGUGGAGCGAAUGAUUGAGCUGGGAGAGGUCUUCUCAGGAACCAAACCAUUAACUCGAGUCGCUAAGAACGAUAACCUCCAGGCUUGGUUUGCCGAGAUGGCAAAACAGAUCACAUCACUUAACUAUGAUGACUCCACAGCAGCUGGACGCAAGAUUGUACAACUCAUACAAGCGCUAGAAGAGGUGCAAGAGUUUCAUCAGUUGGAGAGUAACUUACAGGUUCGUCAGUUUCUCCUGGACACUCGUAAGUUCUUGCAUCAGAUGAUUCGGACCAUCAACAUAAAGGAAGAGGUACUCAUCACGAUGCAGAUUGUCGCAGAUCUGUCUUAUGCGUGGGAGCUGAUCGAUACAUACACACCUUACAUGCAGCAAGGCAUCAAAGGCAACCCUGGUCUGGUCACUAAACUAAGAGCAACAUUCCUUAAGCUUGCCUCCGCCCUGGACCUGCCUCUGAUCCGCAUCAAUCUAGCCAACAGCCCCGAUCUGAUCAGCGUCUCCCAAUACUACUCCAGCGAGCUGGUCGCCUACGUACGCAAGGUGCUGCAGAUCAUACCCCAGACCAUGUUUAGUCUCCUGUCUCAGAUCAUACAGUUACAAACGCAUCACAUCAAGGAGGUGCCCACCAGACUAGAGAAGGAAAAACUGCGAGAUUUCGCUCAGCUGGAUCUCAGAUACGAAGUGGCCAGACUUACCCAUUCCAUCUCCGUUUUCACGGAGGGUAUCCUGAUGAUGAAGACUACGCUGGUCGGUAUCAUCAAAGUGGACCCUAAGCAGCUCCUGGAGGACGGCAUCAGGAAGGAGUUGGUGCAGCAAGUAGCCAGCGCUCUGCAUCAUGGCAUCAUGUUCAAUCCCAAGGCCAAGACCAGUGAGUUAAUGCAACGACUGGAUGCCCUAGGAGCCAAGAUGGACGGCUUCGUUCGCUCCUUUGAGUAUAUCCAAGACUAUGUCAACAUCCACGGCCUGAAGAUAUGGCAGGAAGAAGUCUCUCGUAUCAUCAAUUACAACAUGGAGCAAGAAUGCAAUAGCUUCCUCAGGACCAAGGUCCAUGAUUGGCAGAGCAUCUACCAAUCACCAACCAUCCCCAUUCCCAAGUUCCAGCCGGUAGACGGUUCCAUUAACUUCAUGGGGAGGUUGGUCAGAGAGAUUCUCAGAAUCACAGAUCCAAGGUCCACCUCCUACAUUGACCAGAUGAAGACUUGGUAUGAUGUCAAGACCAAACAGGAAGUGCUAGACAUCAAAGUCUUCUCCAAAGUCAGGCAAAGUAUCGGUACAUGCGGCCUGACCGGCCUGGAUCGCCUGAUGUGCUUCAUGAUGGUCCGGGAGCUCCAACAGUUCCUGCGAUACAUGGAGCACGGCGUUCUCCGUGAGAAAUCCUGGCUGGAGAUGUUCGGCACGCUCAUGAAGACACUCAACCCAGUCAGGGGACUCAUUAGCAACCCUGGCAAGGUGUACAGCCACUAUGUGACCAGGGCAAACAAGAUGUGGGCACCAUUCGUCAACCUCGUUCUCAAGCUUGGACAGAUGCAACUUCUUCGCAGGCAGAUCGCCAACGAACUCAACUUCUCUUGCAAGUUUGAGUCCAAGUUUCUUGCCAGCGCUUUGGAGACCAUGAACAUUGGUUUGCUAGCUGACGUUGAGGCUCACUACCACGAUCCGUCCAGACCCUACCCUAAGGAUGACAAUCCUCUCAUGUUUGAGCUGGCAUCAUACCUGGAAUCAGCUGGAAUCAGCAACCCUCUCUCCAAGAUCUACGUGACAACCAAGAGGCUUCCAUAUUUCUCCCUCUUCACCUUCCUCUUCGUUGUCUCUCAGCUGCCAAAGUUUCAGUACCUCAAGACCGUUGGAAGUAUGAUCGGCAAGCUGCCCAAAGAUCCCCUGGACGGUCCCCCGCUUGUGGUCGGUACCCUGACACUCCUGAGGCAAUUCCACUCAGAGACGACAGACCAGUUCCUGGCGUUGCUCGGACAGUACGUCAGGUCGUCAGUAGAAAGCACUGCAGCAGGUGGUAAAGCCUCAGAGUUGACACCUGAAGUCAUCAACGUCCUGGCAUUCCUAGACGAUUUCACAUACUACGCUGGCCUGUCCAGACAGACUGUAGAGACGCAUAUCCCAGCUUACAUCUUUGAUGAGUUCAAGAGCACGUGCCAGUAGGUGACCUGUGACCCGUGACCUUUGACCUUGAGCACCGGCCAAGCUGACAAGAAAUGUCCCGUAGAGAGAUGUAUAUAAGUUAUAUCACAGAUGAGGGAUUCAUAGAUGAUAUUGAAGGCUCUGAAAACAGACAACACAUGCAAAAUAAUAACUGUGAUUUGUUGAUCUUGAAUAUGGUCAGUGGUUAUAACUUGGGUAGGUUUUUUGUCUCAAAUUAAUUACGGAAGUCAUGGAAAGAAACAACGUCAAUGAGAAAUACUUCUGAAACACUAUUCAGUAUUUGAUGAAAUAUUCAUCAAAUAUUCAGAAAAUUAGAACAGAAACGUGCUUACAAUUCGUCACCGUUUUCCCGAACUGACAUACAUGCCUUGGUGUGCUGUCAGUUUGUGAAACCCGCGUAAUCAAUCAUUUCGGUUUCACGAACUGACAUGCGGGUGUGCAUGUGCACUUUGUACACUGACGCAUAAUAGAAUAGUUUUGGUUCUCACAAACUGAAACGCAAGCAUGUUGCGGCAAUAUGAUUCAGAGAAAAAUGCUUUGAAAGGUUUGACACAAAUUUAGUUCAUUUGUAUACUUGUGGGUUGGAGUAAUUGCAGAAUACCCCGCCACUUGGAAAUACAUUCCUAAAAUCUCUGGCUACGAG